GGCUAUUAAGAACUGCUACAAAUCGUAUUUUGCGGAUACACGUAGGCCAAUAGUUAUUCUUGUCUACCACAAUGUUGAUUAUUAUUCCUUCAUUCGCAUCUGUCUUGAUAAGGCUUUCGAUGUAUCGGAAACUCACUGGACAGUUCGUUUGGACAUACUUUGAAAAUGGUGACGGUUGUCUUCAAUUACAAUCAAUAUAAUUAUCCGAGGAGAACUGGAAUAUGUGAUUUAUAUAUUCCGUUUCCUUUUAUUUUCAUCACUGAGUUCAUUUAUUGACUAAAAACGUUUUUCCAUUUCUUUAUUAUACAUGCAAUUGAUGAUAACUGGAUAAUGGAUCGAGAAGGCUUAAAUGUCCACGAAAGCAUUCUUUCUAUGUGAUUGGUCAAAUCAUUAUGAUUUUUGCAUUUAAACGGCUCAGAUCUGGAUACUGUUUUGGGGAGACAUUUCAGAGACUAUUUCAUUUAACUAAUUUAACUAAAUUAUUCCCCAAGUGUGUCACCCCGUGCUAUUUUGGAUACUUAAGAUGAUAUUGAUUGCUCUCAUUAAUUUUGGUUAUGAUGAAGUUUGACUUUCGUCACAGUGGAUCUUUAGCUGUCUUUUUUAUCGAUGUGUCAUCAAUGUCCAUAUUUCCUAUUUGGGAAUAUUGUAAAUAACAUGCACUCCUUUAUAAACAGGACUUUUAGUGCAAAUGGAAUGGAAAAAAAUCUAUUGAUAUGAAUAGAUUAAGCUAAAUGUAUCAGAAGUAUCAUUUUGAAAGCACUUGAAUUGUUCGUGUGUACCUUUUUAUAAUUAUAUUGCUUUUGAGGAGAAGAAAUUUGGUCAAUCGCUACGCGACAACAAAGCUCUUAGAGCAAGAUAAUGGUCAACCUGUAUGGAGCGGUUCUGAUGAAUGUUUUGUUUGUAAAUCAUGCAAUGAUUUUAACUUCAAGGUCUUCAAUACUAGUUAUACUUAGUUUAUAUUUGAUCUCGUCGUCGUCCCCCAACAUGGUGCUAGCUUGCUGUAGGUCGUGUACCCAGUGCUCUCGGCACGACAGCUGCCCGUCGUGCCGCUCAAACGACCCAAGAUUACCGGGGCUAACCCUAGAACAGAGGGAGCGAAUUGCGAGCUCAUCAGUUCAGCACAUCAUUAAUAGAAUCAAAAGCAAUCCUCAGGUCCUGACAAAAAUGAAAUACCAAAAGCAGCUAUUUGACAUAACCACCGAACAGACCCGAAUACUCGCCGAACGUUUCCGGAACAUGUUUCGCAAGCAUCUUGAUCUUUCCAACGUGUCAAGUGAAGCGAUGUCGGCUGUCUUUCUCGAUAUGAUGACGGAAUCCGAAUUUUGCCGAGGACGGAUCAUGUACUCGGCACCUCGACUCGGUCUUGAUCGGAAUUCCGAUGUUAUUCAGAUAUUCCAGUUUGACAAAGACCGCAUGCAAUGGAUUAUGGGGGAAUACUGUGACGAAAGUGCUUCCGGUUCAUCCAUGUGUGAGAACGCGUUACGCCCGGAGUUCACACCAGUAGCAGGAAUUAAUAUCGAUCGGCAAGCUGUCGGAAUCUGGUGGAUAUGGACGCAUCGAUGCUUGAGCAUAUACUCGUGAAAUUGGCCGGGGAGAUAUUGGGAAAUAUUUGAAAACGUGAAUGGUGGUGUUACGAUACUGCAACAAAUAACAAUGAAGAUUUAGUUUUAAAUUUGAUUUCCCUUUUUUUAUUACAGGAAAUAUAUCGAUCAUACAUUAAGCAAAAUAAAACCAAACAUCUUACAUGUCUUGAAGAGUUAGAGGUGCAAUCCAAAGUUAUGAUAGUAUAUCCAAAUAAAAAUCCAAGUUGGUUGGCGAAGAUUCCUUAAAUUAAAGUUCACAAUGAUGGCAAUGAUGAAACAGAUUUUGAAGCACGAUGAAUAACAAGAGUCACUGUAUCAAGUUGAAAUGUCCGUGAAGAUGAUGUUGAUGAUGAUUAACAGUCAAUUUCAGCAAUCCUUGGGUUGAAAAGCGUUCAUUAAAACAGGUUGAUGAUCUCGAUUAGAACUGAGAAUUCCUCUCUCAAAAUAACUGCAAACAGUUCAUUGAUGGCGUGCAAAUAAUUCCACAGAAGAUAAUGUUGUAUUCCAGUUAGAAAUAAACUAUGCUCUGACAUAAAGUCUGGCGUGAAACUCUGAGUCCUGAUCUGAUGUGAUGAUGUCCUUGAAGAAAGUGCCAGCUUAUAAACAAAUUAUUCACUAUUCUGGAAGCUUCUAGUAUUGUCUACAAAAAGAACAUUCUGCCAAUUUCUAGAGCAAUCAAAUUUUAGAAGAUUAUUGAAUGACCUCAGUGAAAUUAACAAUAGUAAACAACAUAGCUAAUCCUAUUGUUCAUUUCCACUACCACUGGUAAUCUUGUUGUGUAGCAAUCUCUAUUUAGAAAUAACAGAGAGUGCUCAAAUAUUACUCAUGUCUAACAAAGCUUUACUGAGACAUUCUGGAAUAUUCUUAAUCAUUCUAUGCUAUGAAUAUCCUUAAAGAGGAAAUAACUAAAUAAAUGAAUGUUAUUGCUCUUACAAUUCUUCUUAUAUAUAACAGUGGAAAGUAUCGAUAUCGGGGGAAUAUGCUUGACAUAGUAGCAUGGUAGAGGUGGGGAUGAUGGAGAUGACGUAAUCGAAUGGUAUACGGCGCCUGACUUUCACAAGAAACAUGUAAAAUUGCGGGGUUCGCGAUGAUCCCGGACAACAUUUUAUCAUGCUUAUUACUCUUGAGCAUACACGGGUAUUUCAAUACAAUAUUAAAUAAUGGAAAUGUUUAAGACAUUUUUCAUGACACCGUGUUCAACUGUUUAAACAUGGUUUACAGAAGAAGACGACAAAUAAUUUGCCAAGUGUAAAGCCAUUUCAACUUGUUAUUGAACUAUUUUCAGCAAUCCAUGCCGCAUAUCAUGUGUUACCACCGCUUCUUCAUUCUAGUACAUGGCCGUAUGCAGAUUUUUUUUCGGGGGGGGGUAAAAGACUCGUAAAAAUUUUCGAAGAAACUUGAACAUGAGAGAGUGUCGCAACCGAGCUUGUCAUUUGGGCGCUUUUGUUUCUUCUAAUAUGAAAUUAAACAGUGGUCAAUUUGUGAAAAUUGCCAGUAUUUUUGUUUAUUGCAGGCCCCCACCACCUUCACCCCGCUGCGUGAGACCAUCUUCUAGUACAAUUGCCAAUUUAUUGUGACAUAAAUCUCUAACAGCUCAUUUGACUCUCAUAUCAUUAUUAACUGUCUGGGAAGGAUAAAAUAAGAAAUGCCUUCACCAUUACAGAAUUAGGAAAGAGCACUUUAAACAUGAAAUCUUGACAUGUUUGUCUUCCCAUAAUUUUAGGACAGAGUUUGACCACGGAUAAGUUAAACCCAAGUUCAGAAUGUUGGCCCCGGUAUGGGCCUGAGUGUUUGGCGAUGAGACCCCUGAGGCCGACCGCCUAUAUCUAAAAGUAUUUCGUACGAAUCUGCCGGGAUUCGAAUCCAUUAAUAAGGAGUGCAAUCUUACAUUAGAACCAUUCCUAAUAUUGAUGUUAUUUGUCAUGAAUGUACAUUUUAUUUCUACACAAUAAAACAAGUACAGUUUAAUGCACUAUAACACAAAGG